GCCGAAUACAAAAGUCCGACUGCUCGGUGUUUGGGCACCGACGGCGGCCGAUCAGCAUCCCGACUGUACGACCAAAUGACGUGGAGUGAUAAAGAAUAAACAAAGCCAUAAAGGAAGCUCCCUGCUGUUAUAUUUUAUUUAACAGAAUCAUCAAAAUGGCUCUCAGACAACUGCCUCGGCUGUCCAACACUACCGUCUUCUCGUCGCUCGCCCUCUUCGGCAUUGGUGUUUACUGCUCCUCGUCGCUGCUUCGGACGGGCCACGCAGAGUCCAACGAACCGCCCAAGAUGUUCUCCGGUGUGGGAUUGACGACGUUGCGGCUGCAGAGUGUCAAGGCUGUGAACCAGAAUACGAAACGUCUUGUCUUUGAGUUUCCCGAUGCGACUGCCACCAGUGGAUUGAGCAUGACUUCUUCUCUUCUCACCGUGUCUCGUCCUGAAGGACGCUGGUUUCCUGUAAUUAGGCCCUACACGCCCAUCAGCAGCUUGACCAAACAAGGCUCUGUCGAAUUGAUGGUCAGGAAAUACCCCAACGGCAAAGCUAGCACCCACAUCCAUUCCCUUGCACCCGGCGACACCCUCACCUUCCUCACAGCUCUCAAAGGCUUCCCUUGGUCUCCGAAUAAAUUCUCCCAAGUCCAUCUCAUCGCCGGAGGAGCUGGCAUCACACCCAUCUUCCAGCUGAUCCAGGGUAUUCUCGACAACCCCGCCGACAAAACAAAAAUCAACCUCAUUUUCGGCGUGAACAAUGAGCAGGACCUGCUACUUCGUGAAGAAUUGGAGAGCUACAAAACGCGAUUUCCCGAUCGAUUCAACUACAUCUACACAAUCAGUCAUCCGAAGGAAGAGAACUCACCGUACAGAAAGGGGCACGUCACGGAGGAGUUGCUGAAAACUGCCGUCACAGUGGACAAGGACAGCCACGUCUUUGUAUCUGGUCCCCCGGCAAUGGAGGCAUCAUUGCUUGGAUCGAGGAGUGCUCCUGGCAUUCUGUCUCGAUUGGGAUUUGCAAAGGGGCAGAUUUACCAGUUUUAGAUCUAGAUUAUACUGUUCUUUCAUGUACAAAUAGGGGGAGU